GAGCUGCCGCCGCCGCCUCCCCUCACCUCAGGCACUGCCGGCACGGAGCGGAGCGGGCCGGGCCGGGCCAGCCCGGGCCCGGCCGCCCGCUGCCCCCCCCCCCCCCCUCCACCAUUCCCCCCCUCCCGUCCCGCCUUCGCCGCCCCCCAGCCGCCACCAUGCAGGAGCUCAUCGCCAGCGUGGACCACAUCAAGUUCGACCUGGAACAAGCUGUGGAGCAGCAGCUGGGGGCGCAGCCGUUACCCUUCCCUGGCAUGGACAAAUCGGGUGCAGCUGUAUGUGAAUUCUUUUUAAAGGCAGCCUGUGCUAAAGGGGGCAUGUGCCCGUUCCGACACAUCAGCGGGGAAAAGACAGUUGUUUGCAAACAUUGGCUACGAGGACUGUGCAAAAAGGGUGACCAGUGCGAGUUUCUGCAUGAGUAUGACAUGACCAAGAUGCCUGAGUGUUACUUCUACUCUAAAUUUGGGGAGUGCAGUAACAAAGAAUGUCCAUUCUUGCACAUCGACCCGGAGUCUAAGAUCAAAGACUGUCCCUGGUAUGACAGAGGCUUCUGUAAACAUGGUCCACUCUGCAGACACCGACACACUCGAAGAGUCAUUUGUGUGAAUUACCUGGUUGGAUUCUGUCCAGAGGGGCCGACCUGUAAAUUCAUGCACCCCCGGUUUGAACUGCCAAUGGGAACCACAGAGCAACCACCACUGCCUCAACCGACACAAACACAGCAAAAGAGGACACCCCAAGUCAUUGGAGUCAUGCAGUCUCAGAAUAACAACACUGGGAACAGAGGACCCCGGCCGUUGGAGCAGGUCACCUGCUACAAGUGUGGUGAAAAAGGUCAUUACGCCAACAGAUGCACCAAAGGACACCUGGCCUUUCUCAGUGGCCAGUGACAGAACAGGAAGAAUACAGGGGAGCUGUUAACACUGAGGAAAGGUUUCUGCCUAGCACUAUGUCUUGAACUAUGAAUCAGGUUGUUUUUUAAUGCCAUUACUGAAAGAACUGUUCUGAGGCUGGGUGCUGCUAAGCAACAUUUUUGUAAUUGUCCACAACUGGGUGUUUGGGUUUUUUUAUGUUUUAACCUUUCAAAAAUCGAUUUUGGCCUCUGCCUGUUUUCAUUGAGCCCUGCUGAAAGGUAGAUCCAAAAGGCAGUAGAUACACAGGCCUGCACCAGUGCAGCGCCCACCUUAAACACAUCUCAACGCCAGUGUCUCUUUAAAGGGUUUCCCUUUCUGCCACUUCUCUCUGGGGAGCGUGCAGCAUUCCAGCCCUCCCCGUGAAAGCAGGAAGGUUGACUGGGAAAACUAAUACUUGGAAUUGCCUUCCCUUCAGUGAGGGAGCAGGGAUCCUGGUGUCCUGUAGCUCUUAAAAAAGCAAAGUCGUGUUCCCAGGUCCGUCCCGUUGUAGUUGGUAAGCUGGUGGGUGACUUAAUGCAUCAUCGGUGUCAGGGUGCACUGGAGGUUAGAAAUCAAUUUGGGCAAGAACUGACCAAGGGGAGAAUAAUUUGUUGUUGCUGUGGAUAGCCAAGCAAAGAGGAACAGCGACUGUAGGAGAGCUCCUUCUGUGGUCUUUUUCCGUUGCAAAAAGCAAAGAGGAAAAGGAUCAUGGCUGGAAGAGCAGGAACAGGAGUGCUCUGUCACAGCACCUUGUCAUCCAGCUCACACUGAGCAGGUAUUUUCAUAGCCUAGAGGAGACCAAGAAGUGGAGACGUGUAUUCUUAUGGAACAUUGCUGUUAAAAGUGGUAGAGCGCUCUUCUGAGAGCAGUUUUUUGCAAGCCAAACCCCAUUCAUUUUGUGAGACUAUUUCAAAAGGGCCAAUGCUAAAAUGUGAAUUUCAACCCCCCAAAAAUGGCACCUACAAUGUGAACCUUGAUUCUAACCCAUCACUCAUUUGCUGACUGCCUUUAAGACCUUGUUGAAAUGUACCCAUGGAAAAAGCUGGCUGUGAAUUUAUUUUUGGGAUGAGGGGGUUUUUUUUGGAAGAACAAGCUAAUAUGAUUGGAUAAAGAGCAGUGACCAGA